AGGUUUUAGUUUUGGAUGGCUAUUGAAAUAAGCACAUGACAACACACAUCGAUACAAAUAGAGACUGUAGAUACUCAGGGAGAUGGAGCAGCAGAGUGAAGUGAAUCCCAAGCGGGUGGCCGCCUUCUUUCGGAGAAGCAACUUGGGACCUGUGUGCCGGGUGCAGUCGACCUCGGACAUGGAAGCCUGGCUAGCCUCAAGUGCGUACUUCACACUGAUCACAUACUUGAACAAUGUGAGCACCGAGAUACAGGGUAUCCGGAACACGGACUGGUUUCCGAUUAGCCAGAACAUCAGGCGACUGACUGCCAUAUUCGACAAGCUGGACGCCAUGAUUGUGGCCAAUCCUCCGGCGCCUGUCGCUCCAGGUGCUAACUUGGAUCCAGGAAACAAGGGCUACAGACGCUGGGCGCACAGCAUGCUAAGGGACAUAUACCAGCUGGUGGAGAUGGCGGUGCCCAGCAGCAAGUGCAGGCACGUGAACGAGCUUGGAGUGUAUCUAUCGGGCUCCUUUGGCAGCUCAACAAAAAUCGAGUACGGAACCGGGCACGAGCUGAGCUUCCUGUUCUUCGUGUGCGCCCUUUUCAAGGCGGAGAUCCUCAAUCUGGAGGAAGACCUGGCAGCCUCGGCUCUGGUUCUCUUCGAUCGCUAUCUGCAGUUCGUGCGCCGUCUCCAGGUGACCUAUUCGGUGAACUCGUCCAACUGGCAUGGCGGAUACUCGCUGGAUAAAUUUCAGUUUGUGCCAUUCAUUCUGGGAUUCGCACAGUUGUGCUACGAGGCGCCUUUCUCACCACAGAAAAUGCUGAACGAGGACACCAUUGCCGAGUACAGGAAGUCGUAUAUGCUGAUCAAUUGCGUGGGUCACAUGGCGGCCACCAACAUCGGCACAUUUGCCCGCCACUCCAGCCAACUGUGGAGUCUGGCCGCCCUGUCCUCGUGGUCGAAGAUCCAUCGCAGUCUGAUGUUCAUGUACAUGGAGGAAAUCCUUCUGGACGUUGACAACCUGAAUGCCCUGCGGUUUGGUGAACUGAUGUCCUUUGAGGAGGAGAAAUCUGGCCUGCAUCUUGGCAACGCUCGUAUGGGAGUGAAGUCACCGCUAAGCCGCCAGCUGGCGGAGGAUCAGGACGACCAGGAUCAGGACCAAGAUGUUACAUCUAGAAGCGGCACUCCCUCCAUUUCCAGGUCGGAAAACAACGUAUUCGUUGCCAGGAAGAAACCCAGAGUGGAGGAGCCCUUUAGCGACGGCCUUUCGAAUAGUGGACUUUCCCAGGGCAGCGAAUGCUCUUCAAUUAGCGGCGUGAGUGUCCAUCUGCCCACUUGGUUGGAUGAUUGUCCGGGCAGCAGCAAGAGCGCGUUUUAAAAUUAGGGUUUUGUGAGUCGUGUAAUAACUAAAUGUCUAAAUUCAAAUGCUCUAUCAUAGUGAAUUGUGUAUUACCAUGCGUAUCGUUAUACCGAUAUGAGCAUAUAUUCCAGCUACUAUGGCGCCUUGUAAUGCGAAUAUUAUGCGUGUCAUCUUCACGAAUAUCCAGGGACGACAUCAGCUAUCUACAAUGUGCAGCUUGGCAGAAUGACAACGACGUCAAGAGACCUCAGAUGGCUUACACGGGUCCAGAGAUCAGCAGGCCACGUUACCGACUUUCAUCAAAUGCAAAACAGCAGCCAACUGGAAUGCAGUGGCGUUCUACUAUAUGUGGCACAAUCUAAGGGUGUAUCCGCCAGGAAUAUAACGCAUACGCCGCGUAAGCCACGGAAAAGCUCGUGGACAGCGGGGUGGCGACGUUGAAGUGCGAAGGCAUUUAUGCCACUGCAGAGGAGGACCGGAGGACUCUGUGGGCGAAGUGGGAGUGACACGACUCAAGUGACUCGACCAAAAGCGGAUUACCAACGCGACUUGAGUGACUUCCCGAGCAGGAGGCGGCAAAACAGCUAGAGUAGCAACAAUUGAAGCGGCAGCAACAACAGCAGCAGCAACCAACGCGCAGCAGCGACGAGUUGGGAAAAUGAAAAUGGAAAUGAAAAUGAAACAAGCGGCGUAUUGAUUUUUCCUCUCCCAGCCCCAUCGCUUAACUCAACUCCCUGGCGUUGUGACGUCAAUGGGCCACUACCACGCGCCCACAUCACAAAGGGGAUGGAAAACGGGGGGGAAUAGGAAGGCCCACUACCUGAAACUCUUGUCAGACCUCAUUCGUGUUAACCAAAAGUAUCGAAGGGGAAAGAAGCGAGCAUAGCAUCCCCGCCAUUGUUAGUGGAUUAGAAGUCCGCCAUUCACAGUAAAUACAUACAUACGUUAGAGCCUCGAUGUGUGCCAAGUGCGUUUAAAACUUGAUUUAUAGAUGGCAUUACUUACACUCACGACAGUGAAAAAUUUAAUCAUUUUUUGUAUAAAUUAAAUCAACUUUCUUUGUUUUAAAAACCUUGUUGCUAGCACAAAGUUUGGAUUCAUUUCUGAAUAAAAUUUGAAACAAUUUUAAACAA